AUGGGAUGUUCAGCGCAGACGUUAAGGAUAUUCCCGAUACAGAAACAGCAGACGGUGGCUGUGGGUAAAUCAGUAGUGCUAACGUGUCAGGUCGACGCACCUGAUCCGGCACUCGUCACGCAACCACAAUGGAAGGACCCUAAGGGAUUCGUUAUUAAUGAAGCCGCUGCCGGUACCCGACCAGAGAUAUAUACGGAACCGAUGCCCGCGAAGCAGCUGCAACUGCUGUACAUAUCGUCGAUCACUCCGGCCAUGGCUGGGAACUACACCUGUGUCGCUACUUACACUAACAUGCCUUUGAGCGCCAGUGUUGUUCUCGAUACGUUUGUCGCAAUUACUUGGACAAAUGCAAAUGAAAAUCAGUAUGCCACCAAAGGAAAAGAGUUUAAAAUCAUGUGCGAAGUUACUGCAGAGCCAGCGCCAUCCGUUGAUUGGUUCAAAGAAGGAAAUCCUGUUGUGACCGGUGAUAGAUACGUGAUCCACGCCAACGGACUGAUGAUUAAAGGCGUGGAAGAAAGCGAUGAUGGAACUUACACCUGCCGAGCUGUAGUCAUACAAACUGGUGAACUUGCCGAAAGAAACAUCAAACUUGAAGUUUACACCGCACCAGAAAUGGAAGAAAGGGACCCCAGAGUCGAAAUUAGGGAAGGUGAAAGUGCUGCCAUUUCAUGUAAAGCUAGAGGAAAACCACUGCCUACUUACUCUUGGAUCAAGGCCUCAACUCGAGAGAAUCUCGCCAGUACGUCCCGAUUUAGCGUCAACGAAAAUACAGGUCUUCUAACAAUCGAUCGUGUGGAAGCCGCUGACUAUGGUAAAUACAUCUGCAGUGCAGUGAACCAGGCUGGACAAAACGAAACUGAAAUCGAAGUCGAAGUGUUGGUGAAGCCUAGAAUAUUCGAAUUAUUCAAUACAACUGCUCCUGAGAAGCAAGAGGGUAGAUUAGAGUGCAAGGCGACCGGACGGCCCGCUCCUCGCAUUAGUUUCCGCAAAUUGAGCAACCCUGACCGCUUCCUGAAUGGACCUAACGACGAGGGCAGGAUUACUGUUGAAACGAGCACCCGACAGACUGGUGACCAGAUGGAAUCUAGUGGAGUUAUUACUAUCACCAAACUGAAUAGAACUGAUGAUGGACUAUACGAAUGUUUUGCUGAGAACGCUGGUGGUGAGGCAAGAAAGAACGGCCAUUUAACAGUUCAUUUCAAACCAACUUUCGAGCAUAUGCCAACAAUCCCGAUCUGGAGUUGGAAUAGCCGUCCGGCCAACUUAAGUUGUACCGCAGAGAGUAUCCCGAACGCAACCAUUAAAUGGAGAUUCCGUGACCUAGAUUUGGUAGAAACUCCUCAAGUGAAGAUUUAUGGAUCAGGACCAUCAAGCUACGUGAUCGUCACGCCGACUGACAGAGCUUUGUACGGUAUUUACAAAUGUAUUGCUACCAACACACUUGGAGAAGCUGAACACAUCAUUCAGUUCAGAGAAGCCUUCCCACCAGGACCUGUUGUACAAGCUCGACAAGAAACAAUAACAGCGACAUCAGUUUCAUUCAAUAUCGUGGGCCCGGCUGAAGAAAUGGGCCCACCAAUAACGGCCUACACAGCCCAAUACAAGGAAAAUGGCAAUUUCGAUUGGAAUCUCGCCCAGAACAAGACUUGGUCCGCCAAUUCACCGUACAUUGUGGAGAAUUUGAGGCCGAUGUUCACUUAUGAUUUUCGAUUUGCUGCCGUCAAUCGAGUUGGGCCCGGCAGCUGGGGUGCUCCAAUUACCGUCAUUAUGCCCAGAAGAUCGCCACCGGAACAACCGAAAUGGUGGGAGAAUGAAACCCCAGAAUCGCUUAUUCAUGGUAAAUACGCAGACAGAUAUGAGUUGAGAUGGCGAGUACCCGCCAACAAUGGCGAACCUAUCGACAUGUAUGAGAUCAGCUAUUGCCCCGUACUGAAAGUCAGUGGAGAGUGGCGCGUCGCAUCUGAAUCUCAAUGCGUCAUUGAGGAGCUUAAGUCCCUAGAGGCAAUCAGUUACGAAGUACGUGGCCUCCACCCAGACACUCGCUACAGAAUGCACGUACGGGCACACAACGUCCUCGGAUAUUCGUUGCCAGCUCAACUUUACGUCCAAACGGCUCUCGGCGUCGAACGUUCUGGAUUUGCGCCACCUCAACUUUUGUCAAGCGGUUCAAUAAUUGGACUCGCCCUGGCCGGAGUAUUCAUCUGUCUCCUGAUCGUGGACCUCCUUCUCCUGUGCUUCAGACGACAGGGUGUUAUUGCAACAAUUUGCGGCAAGCGUGGAAAGAAACACAACGAUGAUGAAGCCAAGUUGGGAAGGGAUGAAAAGGAGCCACUGAAGGAUACAAACGACGACGCUAUCAAGAGGAACUCCUCAGUUGAGUUCGAUGGGCACAGAGUGUAUGCUACAAGUGGAGGACCAAUCAUCGGCAAGAACUCCGCCGUAUAAGGACCACAAUAAGAUCAAGAUUUGAACCUUGGUGUUACAUUCUAUAUGCUUGUGUAAAUGUGAGCGCGACCAGUAUUUUAAACUGCCAAAAGUCUAUUUAAGUAUUCAGCUUUACUGUCUCAACUUUACUUCAUCACAUAUACUCUAUAAUAUAUAUUUUUAUAAUAACUUCUUAAUGUAAUCAUGCGAAAUAUAUUUUAUACUAUUUCUAAGGUUUCGUAGUUAAAGAUGAUGAUGACGGAUUUGUCUUUUUCAAUGGAACUUUAGCGCACUCUAUAGAUUGAUUCUUGAAUGAUACAACUGCUUCAAGAGGUACGGUGUGUGCCUUUUAGUGUAUUUCUUGUAAUGAGGGUAUUAUACUUUAGUGUAUAUAGGAUAAUGUAUAUUUAACACAUCACAAUUUCAUAUUAUUAUUACUACUAUCAGCAAAUUCUAUCAACAGAAAUUAAAAGACAGAUUAUUUUUAUAUUUUUACCUCUUUACGUUUAUUUGUCUGUUUUUAUAUGUUAAGAAUUUUAAUUUAGUCAUCGAAAUAAUGUGAAACACUAAACCAUCAUGAUAUUAUCAGUGUUUGACCAGAAAUAACUUUGAUUCGGCAUUUUGUCGAAUGUUUUUGUUUAAGUUAAUUUUUUGAGUUGCCUCUAAUUUUAAUGAAGAAAUCUGAAACUGUACUUUAAGGUAGAUUAGGCUUUUGUAAAUAAAUAGUUAGAACUGUAAAUAUUAUCUAUUAUUGUUUUAGGGUCUCAUGAUGAUUUAAAUCUCAAAAAUAAGAAGGGGUGAGAAACUGUUACAUGUAUUCCUAUCUGAGACGAGUUAUUAGGACGCUUGCUUAUGUCAGUAUAAGCUGUGUAGGUGUCAUGUUUAAUUUUAUAAACAAAAUCGUUAGUUAGGUAAUGUAUACCUGUUAGAUGAUCUAAGGUUAUUUAGAUAUUCCUACUUAUUGUAUUGAAAUAAGGUACCUAUGUCAAUAUACAUAAAGAAUAUUAUCUCUUUUACACGGUUGAUUGCAAACAUCACAAUGCAAUAAGACUUAGUACUUAACACUUGAUACACUUAAACUUUUGAUACUUAACUACACAUAUUUUUAUACUUCUGAUCUCGACUUUAGUUUUAAUAUUGUACUCUAAGCUUUAGGGAAUAGAUCCUAUUAUUCUUUAUGUGUAUUGUCAGAUCAUUAGAAUUGGACUGCUAAAUACAGCCGUACACCACCUUUUUGACAAUUGAAGAUCUAUUUAGCAGUUCGUUCUAAUGUGAAAAAAUGUUUUUAUAACCGCUUAAUAUAUUUAAGAUAUUUUUAUUAUAAUAUUUAUCUACAUAUUGUACCUAAACUUUUCCAUUUAUGUUUUUAAAAUGUCCUACCGCGCCUUUAAAUAAAAAUGAAUUUAUAACAUAAGCAAAUAGGCAUCUAAUCAUAGAAUUAAUGUUUUGAAAUAAAUGUUAACGAUGUUUUUAGUGUAAUCGAUUGUUUGUCGUUUGGUAGUUCGGUUUGAUUACGUCAUAAAUUAUUCUAGAAGUUUCUAAAACUUGACUGAACUAGUCUUGAGUCGUUAUGGACCAAUAACAGCACGGCAAUCGAUAUUAAUCUAUUCUAUACAGCAGCUAAACUCAAUGGCGCCAAUUUACGGCAAUUUUCCUAUUCAACAAAAUAGCAAAUUGGAGGAUUUAAGUACCUUGUCUAGUUAUUUGCUUCUUCAUGUACAAGCUUCAAUGUUAUUCGUAUGUAAGUAUGUCUGUCAGCUUAUAGUGGCCGAGUAUUCGACAGGAGAAGCGCAUUUUUAUAUGAAAAUAAAUGUAUGGAAAAUG